ACUUUACCCCCAUGAACAUUUGAAGAUACCACACCAUACCUUAACAACCUUUCAAUUCCAAUAACCCUUCCAACAUCAUGAAUCACCUUCCGCAAGCUUGGGGCCGUCCUAGAGACGAUGUUUAUGGCGCAUAUGAUGCUUCAUAUCUUCAACAAAAUGGACCAAAUCAACACACUCAAUCACCCAUCGUCACUGGUACAUCGGUUGUGGCGUUAAAGUUUAAAGAUGGUGUCGUAAUCGCAGCAGAUAACUUGGCAUCAUAUGGUUCUCUCGCACGAUUCACAGACGUAAAACGUCUUCGAAAGUUCGCAGAUACAUCCGUUGUUGGAUUUGGUGGCGACGUAUCAGAUAUGCAAUACCUGGACCGCCUUCUUCAGUCCCUCGAUACCGAAGAAGCAUACGGCGCAUCAGGUCACACCCUCAAUGCUCAUAAUCUCCACAAAUAUCUCUCCAAAGUCCUUUACAAGCGUCGAUCCGAUUUCAAUCCCUUAUGGAACACUUUACUGGUUGCAGGGUUGGAUGAACAUGACAAACCUUUCUUGGCGAGCGCCGAUUUAUUGGGCACCACAUUCUCUUCUCCAAGUUUGGCUACUGGAUUCGGUGCGCAUUUGGCUCAGCCGUUGUUAAGAAAGGUUGCACCAGACGAGGAGGCUGCUGCGAAGUUAACCAAAGAAGUGGCUUUAGAGGCAGUUAAAGAGAGCAUGAAGGUCUUGUUUUACAGAGAUGCUAGGAGUAUGGACAAGUAUUCGAUUGCGGUUAUCACAAAGGAGGGUAUCGAUUUGAAGGAGAACGAAGAAUUGGAGAAGCAAAGUUGGGCUUUCGCUGAACAAAUUCGGGGAUACGGGACCCAGGUCAACUAAACGAAUGAUUUUAAUAUACCUUGCGCUGUAAACUAGACAAUGAUGAAAUGAAGCAUAUCAAGUUUUGGGGUUCCUUGCCUCGUGGUUAACAAACACCAUCGAUCCCAUCUCCAAGUCAUUUCCUCAGUCAUUUGAAUAUUGUUU